AGGCACGGACAAGACAUGAGCUUUAUAAAAACUACAAAGAUGUAACUGAUUCAAUAUUAUGGUUGCUUAGCUACGCCCAAAAUCUUAACAUUAAAGGUAAUAUUCACAAGUCCUAUACAGUUACAGAGCAGCAGAUGGUGGUCAAUUACAGAAGUGCUGAUUCUGAUAGGAACCAGCAAGUUAAAAUAUUAUUUCUCUAUUAUUAAAAUAUUGUGCUUUAAAUACUUAUAGUUUUGGAAUCGAAACGUUUGAUGCAGAUGUUAAUGGUGGAAGAUGAGGAAACGUCUUUACUGAUACUUGUUCUUAUACACUGUAUAUUGCGACGAGACAGGUAAAGCUGAAAAUUGUAGGGGACGCAGCUCAACCUAAUCGAGUCCAAGGCUUCCUAAGGGCGCCUCUGGAAACCACAUUAUGACUCAUGUCUUGAUCACGCAGCACAGCUACACCUAAACUUAAGUCUAUUAUUCUUAAUCCUGAUCACAAACUUAAUAGCUUAUUACCAGCAAGAUAUAACACGAAUUAUAACCUGAGAAAACAAAGGAACUUCAACCCCCCCACAAAUCAUGACUAAUAGAACAAUGAAUUCCUUUAUCUUCUCUAUGUGUAGCGCAUGAAACUUACAUACAAUUAUUAGUGUAAAUUAGCCUUUUAAACUUUUUAUCGUAAUUACUAUUAUAAUAGUCAUACAAUUGUUAGAGUAAAAUACACAUACAAUUAUUAGAGUAAAUUAACCUUUUAAACUUUUACUGUAAUCACUAUUAAAAUAGUAAAUUAUUCAUGUAAUAUAUCAAAAUUUCUUGUCCAAUUAGCAAAUUGUAAAUUACGCAAUUCAGCUGUAAAGCUGCGAUGUAAUUAUUUUAAUAAAUCCAAAUCCAAAUCAAAACUACCCUGUCAGCACUCUCUGUGGGAGUAAACCGGAGUACCCGAAGAAAACCCACGACGUUGAGUUGACUAAUUCAUUUCACUUAAAUGUUAUCAGUCCGCAGCGAGAAUCAAAUGCUAACGCCUGUAUUCUAAAAGCUCACUCGCACUCAAAGAGUGGAGGUUCAAUCUGAGCUUUCCUUGAGUGUCAGUGUAGUUUUUGAAUAGCUGGAGGGUUAGUGUCGUACCUUAUUAUGUGACUAUACUCACUGACACUCAAGGGGAGCUCAGAUUGAACCUCCACUCUUUGAGUGUGAGUGAGUUUUUAGAAUACAGGCGUAAGGAUUGCGCCACCGAAUUAGCCCCAUUUACAUGCAGUAAAGUCGCUAGUUAUUAGACAGUAUAUUAUAGUAUUUUAUAUUAAAGUAGUUAGAUGCAUCCAUAUAAUGAAGAAUUAAUUAACACUAAGUACUUAUCAUUGAACAUGACCUAUACGUAUUUGGGUUCGUGUGUUUUAGGAGUGUUUUCGGGACAUUGAGUGAAGAAAAGCGAAACAGUUUACUUGAUGAACUUAUCUACAAAAUAUCUGCUUCUGAAGAUAUUUCAGUUGGAAGGUAAAAAUCAAGUAUUCAAUGUAUGAUGUUUCUGGCGGUUCACAAAAAUGACUUGGAUAUUGACAAUGAAGUGCACUGCAAAAAGAAACAUUUUAUUUCUGUAUAUUAUUUUACGCAGGAAUUUGAUUUUCAGAGGAGUAUGUCUCUAACAAGGCCCCGAACCUAAAUCAUCUUCAUGUACCUGUAUUUGUUCAAAGUCUACGUUGAUUGCAUUUACAUUUCAGAAGACUCUAAACUUAGUCAUAUUGUAAUUUCAAAUCUCGUGAUGUGUGAUUGAACGUAAAAAUCGUGUUUUAAUUCGUGGUUCAACAAGACCAUCCUCGUACCCAGGUGGCCGUGGCACCAGAGUGUGAGAGAAAAUAGCCUGGGUACGAGGUUGCAGCAAGACUAGGGGAGUUACAUUAUUAUUAUAUUAUUAUUAUGUGAUGACACCAUCAAUUAUCUCCUGAUAAUUUAAGCCUGGCACCAAAACUAAGAAAUGUUCAAGACUCGCUUAAUUCAAAAGUAAUAAAGUGGAAAGUGUGGGAAGUUAGUAAUUACAAGAGGCAAAAUGGUAGAAUUCUCGGAAAUUAGACGAAAAUAUCUUAUUUUCUCAUUUAAUAUAGAUCUGCAUGUCAAUUGUUGCUAAUGUUUAUUGAUCGUCAACCUUUUCUUGUGGAGCUAUUAUCGUCAAGAAAAUACAGGUAUAAUGUUUGGCUAUCCUUGAAUUGUCCAGCGAUACUACACGAUAAAACCAUCUUUCUCGCAUGGUGAAAAUCAUCUUACCUGGUGAAAACCUGCCCUGUUUGAUAGAGUGCGAUUGAAGUGAAAUUAUUAUUGGAGAUUGAACUGCAUAUUGCAGGAACUGUGGUGAAGGGCACGUGUUCCAACUGUUACAGUCAUGUCGGUGACGUAGGCAGCGUGCGCCUAUUUCUUUAGUUUCUUACCAAUCUUAAUUUUGUUUCCUUAGAGGUUUAAAAACGUAUUUAAGCAAGUGGAAAGGUAAAGGUUUUGAUCAAGAUUUGAAGAAAUUAACAGGAAUACUUGAAGCUGGAGAUAUGGCGCAUGCACAGUUGCUGGUACGUCUUCAUUAAAAUCUGAAGAUAUCAUUGUAAUGACCGAAAAGCCAUUUUACCAUAUACUUUUGGGGUUGGUUGCACGAAGGCAGGAUGAUUUUUUCAACCGUUGUAAAAUUGUUUGAAAAGUAAUAAAACCACGAAUUUAGAUCCCACAAUUAAUAAAAGGAAACUUUAACUUUACCAAACUUUACCAUAGUCUAAUCUGGGUUGUACUGGUCAACGGCCAGUAGGCCAAUUUAAGAAACCUUGAAAAAAUCACUAUCCAGCUUUCGUAUACAACAGGCCCUUGCAUUUCAUCAGCGACUUACCUACGCACGACGUAACUGGCUAAUCGUAUGGUGUUAUCUUUCCUGCAUUUUGUAAUUUCGCAUCAUGGUACUUCGAAUAUCUUAGUUUACAGUUUAAACACCAUUAUCUAAAACUGCCUAUAUAUAGACAUUACACAUGGGUAAGCUGUUUUUAAAAAACACCAUUCUGUUUAGAAAAAAGAUCUAGCCGCGUCAAUAAUCCAGGCCUGUUACAAAGGAUAUAAGGAAAGACAAAUGCUGAAGAAAAUGAAAAUUGGUGUGGUGAAAUUUCAAAGACUUUACAGACGUUACAGGGCAAUAAAACAUGAAGAACGGACAGAAACAAGAUGGAGACGGGAGAAGGAACUACACGAAGAUAUCUCGAGAAAGAGAGAUUUUCGUCAAAGUUUAAAUAAAAAUCUUAAGACUCUGGAGUAUUUACCUGCUAAUAAAGUCCAGGAAUAUUUCAUAGAAAAGCAGGAGGUUGCUGCUGUGAAGAUACAAGCUGCAUUUCGCGGAGUGUGGACGCGAAGACAAGUGACAGCGUGGAGAUACGAAAGGAUGUUUCAAGGUGCAGCGGUUGUUAUACAAAGACAGGUACGCAGAGUUGUCUAGUUUGAUUUUAGUAAAUGUGACGAACUUGCUGAUUAUUACAGAGAGCUUAAAUCGUCAACAACACGCUUGCAAAAUCGAGGUGUUAAAGAUAGCGACAGCUGUAAUUCUUCCUUGAAAUCAUCAAAGUGAAACUGCAUAGUGAAAUGGAACCAUGAACCAAUAAAGAACCCGCGUAUUAUUCCGAAUUUUAUUAUGGUGCUCUUCGGUUAGUGCAUGUGCUUUUCACGUGUUUCACAACCACGGGGUUCGUUUCCUGCAUUGGAGAGCUUUGGUAAUAAAUGAACUGAAAAUAAUCCUUUCAGUUAAAUUAACUCUACACACAUACAUGUAUAUAUGGCAUAUAGAGCUGAUAUAGCCAUGCAGUAAAAAUAUAAAGUUUUAGUAUUGGUAGAAAUAUCACUAAUUCACACAACCAUGCAUUGGUGAUUGUUUGCUUGAGAAUAAUUUUGUAAUCAUAACAAGUUGUUUACAAUAUUCUUCUGACCCUUGUGUGUGUGAUGUUACUCUGAGUGUAUAUCCACACCGGGCAGGCUUGAAAAAUAUGCCUGGCCACGGUGGGAUUCGAACCUACGACCUUUGGAAUACCAGCCCAAUGCUCUGCCAACUGAGCUACCCGGUCAGGUCGGUUCGAGUAUGCGAUAUUUCGGAACUGAGUCUAGUUCCUUCGAUAUCAGUAUAAUCUAAUAAUCAUGAUAUUUGCUGUGUUGGUGUAAUGUACUCAGGUGAAUAAGAUGUUUGUGUGGUGUUACUCUGAGUGUAUAUCCACACCGGGCAGACUGCCCGGUGUGGAUAUACACUCAGAGUAACAUCACACAAGCAUCUUAUUCACCUGAGUACAUUACACCAACACAGCAAAUAUCAUUCUUCUGACCGUUGUAAAUAAAUAUAGCAGCUCUGGUCUUGGGCUCAACAUGUCAAUCUUGUACGUAUAUAAACCUUGCCACUCGUGUAGAAAACAAUACAAAGUCGUCUUGUUUGUGAUUCGUUUUUGUUCUUUAGUUCAGAAAGUAUUUGAAAAGAAAGAAAAGUGCUGAGAAAAUUCAUUUUCAGUCAGGACCUCCAGGUCUUGACGAUGUUCGCCGGGCUGAAAUUCAGGAACAAAUACUGCGUUACCGUGAAAAUAUGGUUGUAAGUGUAUUUGUGAAUUACUUGCUAUGGUUAGUAAUUAGAUACAGAAUAAAUCGAUUCCCAUAUGGAUAUGUUUCUGGAUCAAAACACUUGGUACAUUUUCUAAUACAUUGUAGGUACAUGACUUUGCAGUAAGUUGUUUUUAAUGAAUAAUUUCAGCAUAAAUCGUGGACGUUAGAAACAGUGAAGGAACGUCAUUAUGAGGUAAAAAUAAUACGAUGAAUGACUAAUAAUUUCAUAUGUUUUACCCAGUGGAAUGAAUAUAACUGGAAAGCUAUCUCCAACCAUAAAUUUGAAGCGAAAGCCAGUCCCAGUCUUUUCACUCAUGCGAAGAGCACGGUCAAGCCGUCAACAUGAACACAGAGUAGAGACAUACAGAGACGCAACUCAGUAGUGUGAAAAAAAGUGGGUACAUGAUAACGUAAUCUUCCGCAGUGUUUACGAUGGUCAGUUACGUCUCUGUAUGUCUGUACUCUGUGACAUGAAAAUGUAUUCUUGAAAACGACACUGACGAGUGCUGUUUUCCAGUCGUACUACUGGAAGUUAAAAAUGCACUCAAUCCAGAUAUUUUUCAGAGCAACAGGAUACCUACUCUCCACUUUAUUCAUCCAUAGACACAAAGACUUUUGGGAAAUCACUUAAUGUUGUAUGGUAAGGCAAGGAAAAGUGAACAAAGAAGAGAGGCGUUAUUGGCGAAAAUUAAUGUGGAUGCGGAGUUAUUACUUGGUGAGAUUCAAAUGUUCAAACUGUCCAAAGAAUCAUCAUGCAGUGACGUUUUCUUGUAACAUUUUGUGAUCUCGUUUUAGGAUGUUUAUAUAUAAUUACGGUAUAGGUCUCCAAGUCUUUUGCCCAGUCCUCGAUACACCAGCAAUCCUGGUCGAAAUUAUUUGGCCCAUACUUUGUGAUUUUUGCUCCUUGCGUGGUGUUCCGUUGUGCCCUGGUUAUUAGGGAGCUUUAGAUUUGACUACGAGUACGACUACGAGAUUCGUCAAGCGAAACGCAUGCUGUAUGCUUACGCUAUCCUGUACUGACGCGAAAAAGUCGUAGCCGUCGAUCGCCCAUCUGAGUACGAAAUUGUGGAGAAAUCUCGUGGUCCUCACGACGGCUUUUCAAAAAACAAAGAAAGUUGGCUUUUUUUUGUUUACCAAAAAUAAUUUGUAGCAUUUAUAUAGCGUUUAUCCGGCGCAAAUAAUAUAUUAGUACCAAAUAUCUGACCUGUUUUUAAUGUUAUGACUUAUUUUCACGUUUUGUAGGGGAUUUUAGUCUGCAGGAGAUUUAGUUUAUGAAACUUUUUCUCUCGUUGUUGGUUUACUGCUAUAAAAGCAACAUUUGAAUGGAAACGAAAACGACUACGGUAAUUUCUUCGCACGUGAUCAAAUCUCGUACUCGUAGUCAAAUCUAAAGCUCCCUAUUGACAGGGGAACGGUUGUACGAAGGCCAGAUAACGCUAUAGGACUGGCGAGUGAUUUUUUAAGCAUUCUAAAAUUGUUAGAACCGAGAUUAAACCGUAUUUUGUAAUAUUUUGUAGCUUUCCUAUCACUUUUACAACUGUUGAAGAACGCACUAUCAAGUGGAUAGUGCUAUCCAGCCUUCGUACAGCCAGGGCCUCACAGAGAAAUUCGAGGCCCGGGGCAAAUUUUUAAUUCGGGGGCCCUAUUUCCCCCCAAAAAUGUUGGCGAGCGGAGGAGGGGGGGAGGGAGGGUAAAAAAUUUACUUAUAUAAAGAACGGUCCAAAUACACCUUGUGGGACCCCCUAUUGCAAAUUUUGGGGGCCCGGGGCAAAUUGCCCCAUCCACCCCCCGUACAACCAACCUCGAGAUUAUAUUAACAGGGCUACUGUUGCAAAAAUAAGAUGGGAGUAGAAAUUUUAACAAUUCAAGCAUUUUCAAUAUUUCCUUGUGUGCUGAUUCUCCCUCUAGGAUCAGCGCAGUUGAAAGAUGCAAAUCCGGAGAUGGUGGAUAUGUACACGUCUCGAUCAACGCCAGUUAUGACUAAGGCACAGUUAAACCACGCGGACGAUAUAGUGAAUUUAAAAUCACCAUGGUGGAAAAAACUGUGGGAUGGUGACGAACAACAAGUCAUAGAUAUUUCAGAGAAGAAUGAAGAACUGAACUUCUAGAUUCCAUGUAGUGCAUACUACUGUUCCUAGUGGUAGUACAGAAUGGACAACUUGCAUGUUAGACUAAAUUUUAAUCUAAGCAGAGAAAAGGGAAUCAAACACCACAGCUAAAAAGAACAUACUGAAAUUAGUAAAAGUGCAAAAUUUGGUUGCGAAAUGUUGUAAAGCUUGGAAAAUAUAGCCUUGCAAAGUUUGCAAAUUUUCAAGUAUAUUUGUAUUACGAGCGGAAAUUGUUACCAUUUUCGGCUCAAAAAUGGUAACAAUUUCCGCACGUAAUACAAAUAUACUGAAAAUAUGCAAACUUUGCAAAGCUAUAUUUUCCAAGCUUUACAACAUUUCGCAACCAAAUUUUGCAAGUUUACUAAUCUUAAUACGUUCUUAACGGGAAUUUACUUUUUUUUUUGCCUAGAUCGGCUAGAUCAAAAAUAUGUCUAACAUGCAAGUUGUCUAUUCUAGCAGGUGACUAAACAUUAACAACCUCGUUAUUUGGUCAUUUGCUAUUAAACAAAAGACUAUCAAACAACGCCGGCUGAUCACGGUUCCACCAUACAAUUUUGAAACGGCUCUACAUUUCACAAAUCCGUUCAUUUCAUGAAAUGUUUGAUAAAUAUAAAUUGUUUGGGUACUUAUAAUGUAGAAUAAACAUUUUUCGUAAAGAUAAAUUUUCCAGAACAGGGGGGAGUCUUUUCGUAAAGAUAAAUUUUCCAGAACAGGGGGGAGUCUUUUUUAGCAGCAUUAAAAAUAGCUUGCGCGCGAAAUUUAAAAGUUUAAAACGCAUUUUGAGUUCAUAGGCGAGGAAUUUGCUGUGUUUUAUCAAUGGUCCAAAUAUCAGAAAAUUUACUCAAUUUGAAAUCCUUUAAAUAACUGCUGAAACUUUCAUUUUUUGGCACCAGUGCCUAUCACGCAUGCUUAAUUCAUGCAAAUAAGGUAAAUGCAUGAAUUAAGCAUGCGUGAUAGUCAUCGGUGCCAAAUAAUGAAAGUUUCAGCAGUUAUUUAAAAUUGAGUAAAUUUUCUGAAAUUUGGACCAUUGAUAAAACACAUAACAAAUUCCUCGCCCAUGAACUCAAAAUGCGUUUGCGAAAUUCUGGAAAAUUUAUCUUUACGAAAUUUAAUAUUUUUUGUUUAUUCUACAUUAUAAUUACCCAAACAAUCUAUAUUUAUCAAACAUUUUACGAAAUGAACGGAUUUGUGAAAUUGAAAGCCGUUUCGAAAACGAUUUAGGACGCCAACGCGACGGCAACGGCUACCAAUACAAUAAAUUAUUGAAAAUACUUAAAUAAUUACAAUAUAUGAAUAAUUUAGACAUUGUCAAUCUGUUUGCAACGCCAAAUCACAGAUUUUCAAGUCUUGAUAGAACGGCUGCAUUUCAAGCCGCAACAAGUGCAACUUCAAACUGCUGGUAGUGCUGGGUUCAACAGAACUCUUCCCAACCAUAAAACCCAUGUUUUCAACUUCUAAGAAUUAUUUUUACUACCAUUUAUUUGAAGGAGUUUGUUUUGGCCGUCGUCGACGCGUUGCCGUCCUAAAAUCGUAAGGUCUCUAAUAUCUAACCUCAACAGCCUACAGAUCACUGGACAUUUACAUUAAUUUAUUUUAAACAAUGUACAGUAUUUAUUCUAUAAUGUUCGAAAGAGAAUAUAAAACAAAUUAGUUGAAUAUAUAUAAUUUUCUUUGUGUUCAUGCUCUAAUCUUGUCUAUGGCGAAGUAGUCACAUAAACGAGGGUCACAUAAAUUUCUUCAUUACCGGGAAAAUGCGCAGUCAGUAGCGAUAUUUAUUAUAUGGACAAUGGUGUUUUACUGGAAACUAAAACACUCGUAGAACUCAUGCGUCACUACAUCCGGGACCAGGUGCGCGUAUUUUCCGUAUUUCAUCCCUGCGAGUGACAUACGAAGUUCGAAAAUUUCCCGCCAUUUUCAUUGUUGUUGUUUCGAAAAUACAAAUGGUGUUUGGUUCGUAUUUAAUUAAAACGAAAUUAACGUUGGAAAUAAAACGAAAACAUUUAAAAGAGAUGUUGGGAUAAGUAAAAUUUAUUCUAGUUUUAUAUUUGCAGUAUAAUUUUAAAAAAUAUCGCAUUUACACUGCCACUGGUCUUUUGCGUGCUUAUUUACAUGUCGUCUUUGUGUGUAUUUUUGUCACUCUGAGUAAGUCCAUAUAAUAAACAGAACAUUAAACGGUUGCGAGAAGAUAUGGAUUUAUGUUCUCGUGUCAAAAGCAAUGUUCGCUGCGCUCACUCGUGAGAUAUUGUUUUUGCCACUCAAACAUAAAAUCCAUAUCUCUUCGCAACCGUCUAAUAUCCUAUAUAUCUUGCGUUAGAGUGGAAGGCCUUAAUGUUAGCUCAAGUAGUAUACAAUGUUAACUUUGAUUCCAUUUUCUUUAUUUUAUUACAACUUUAUGAAAAACUAAUAUCAGUCGUUUUCUACUGUAGUUCAAUUUAAAAUUCAUUACUUUAUGUUACAUACAUAAUACACCCUUUCGAUAACUACGUCAUGGACACUCCCUUGGCCUGGGAGCCUCGUUCUCGUAAAUCAAGACGAAAGACUAUUCGCACGCGAUUCAUGGGAACGAGGCUCCCGGGCCAAGGAGAGAUUUGUUACGUAAUUACCGACAUAUAUACACAUGAAGCAAACCCAACACUGCACAAGAAGGUCAGCCCGGUACGCUGAAUAUACGAAUUCGAAUCACGCUUGGGUCAACGGUAACCUACCAACCUAAAAUGAUCGUGACUUCAUAAAACAAUAGUGAUCAGAGUUUAUGACUCGUUCUUUAGAAAGAUAAUUUCUAUAGUUCAUUGUCUUUUAUGUUAUCAUCAACCAAUCAUAAAGCCCGUUCAUAUAGGUUGGUGGCGACCCUGGGUAUCUUGACAACGCAGUGUUGGGUUUUCUCAUGAAUAUAUUGUUAUGCUAAAGAAUAUUAAUUGAAUUAUACUCGCUCUAUUGUUUACCAUGUGCAAUAUUUUCUUUAGUAAAAGUAAUCUGCCAUCCUAAAAUUUUCCUGUCAAAUCCCGCAGUAAACAGAUUAUAUCCUUUACCUGACAUCUCCUCGCCCCAGGCCACGCUACUCACCAUUCUCUGGUGGCU